AUGAUAAAUUCCAUUAAGGCCAUGGAGCAUUUAACCCACAAACGGCGCAAAAAUUCAGAUAACAUGUUUUUGAUGUUUUCCUCAUCGACCUCACAAUAUAUACGAAAUUUUCCCAAAGUAAAAAGAGAGAAACGAGAUGCUUUAAUGGAUGGAAAUGAGGUUUUAGCUUUAGAUAUUAUGCCAAAUCUUUUCAUGAAUAUUUGGCUUCUUUAUUAG